AUGAUUGGACUCGGCAUUCUCCAAGCCGAUAACAAGCUGUGGCCGAUCGAGGACCUAGCGGAAUGGGCGGAGGAAAACACGCCUAGAUAUUAUCUCGGUAUCCCAACGCCUAAUGGGUCUCUCUCCACCAUAAGUCGAUAUCAAUAUCUCGAAUUACUGCCACAGGCUAUUGAAAACACUCCCGAAAGCGACGCCGCCGGCCGUCUCGAGUUCCUUGCCACUCUUUGCCGCGCUUAUCCAGAGGAGGAUGGCGAAUCCAUCAUGACAAAAGAGGCUAGCAGUUUGAUUGCUUAUGUCGAACAAGCAAUCGCAUGGACUGGGGAGUCUCACCAACUAUAUCCAGAAUUGCUGGUCAUGCUGACGACGUUGCUCGCUUGCAGAUUUGGCUAUUCUUCGGUGACAGCAGCCAACGUGAAGGCUUCGGCGACGGCAGCCAACGUGGAGAAAGCAAGGCAGCUCAAGUUGAAGGCGUUGCCUGAUAUAGAAGAAGCAUUGGGAUGUAGGGAGAAGGCCUUGGCCCUGACGUCAAAGGAUGAUGCCAAAUGGAUCCCACGAUUGAAUGGGAUCACGGAUCUUCUUUUGAUAAAGGCCCAGACGACUCAAGUGGGUGAGGAUUUGCAGGCGGUUGAGGGCAAUGCUCGAAAAGUUGCCGAUAUGGUUCCUGAAGGCCAUCCACAGAAAACGACGGUUCUAUGGAAACUCGGGGACGUCCUGGACCAUCUCUCUGAGAUGGAUACCUCUUCAGAGUCUUAUUUUGAGGAAUCUAUGCAGUUUCGCCUCCGUGCGCUGUCCUUGGUGAAGUACAACGGCGCACGGAAACCGGCAUGGGAAGGUCAUGUGCAGUACAGACUUAUCACACGGUAUCAGAGUACUGGCCGAAUCGCAUAUCUGGACGAGGCCAUAAGCUUUGCGCAAGGAUGUAUUGCGGACGAUAGCAGCGAAGCCGGUCCACUAUAUGAGAUUGGGGAGCUUUUCAUGACCAGAUAUCUACGGACAGGGGCAAUGUCCGACUUGGACGAGUCUAUCCGUAGGAUGGAACUCGCAGUGCAACGCGGAGAAGACCUGGAUGCCACCCUCACUGAAUGGGUGAACAGUCUUGCAGCUGGAUAUGGAUACAGAUACUCGAUAACACGCGUCGAAUCCGAUAUCAAGAGAUCCAUCCAUCUUCUUCGAGAUAUGCAAAAGAGAAUUUCGUGGCGACAAAGUGCGCGGUAUGAAUUCGACGAAUGCUGGCAAAAUCAGGUCGAGUGCGCGAUUCACCUCGCCACGCAACUUGAGAGCAGGUUUCAAGUAUCAAAGUCCAUGAGAGAUCUUGACGAAGCUAUUGAGCUUGAUAAGAACGUGAUUCACCAGGUUGGGCUGAGACAGUUUGGUUCGAUGCAUAAUAAGCAACGCGUUUUCACCCAGUAUGCGAUCCGAUUGCUGAAGAGAUACCGAAUUCAAAAGAGUGCAGCAGAUCUCGCGAAUGCGGGGAUAAUAUGCUACCAGGCGGUGAAUGAAGAACCAGAUGGCGUAAAUCUAUCGUUUGCGCUUUGUACGCUUGGGGACGUGAUUUACCAGCAGCAUAUCGAUGGGACGUCGCCCGAUGCUUUAAGCACUGCCAGUUUGACGUACAAAGAUGGCUUCUCCCAAGAGAACGCCUCUCCACAGCACCGCAUUCAAUGUGGAAUGGGACUUUUAAAGACUCUGUGCCUCAUGAAAAGAUGGGAAGAUGGAUACGAAGCUUCCAACAAAACUCUCACGCUAGUCCAGCAGAUGAUGGCACGAUCACUCGAAAAUGCCGAGAAGCAGUACUUGUUAGGCCAAUGUGUUGGCUUUGCCUCUGAUGCAGCAUCAGUGGCAUUAAACGCAGGCAAAGGGCCUGAGAUUGCCCUACAGUUUCUAGAGCAGGGCCGCGGUUUGCUUGCAUCUUCAAUAGAGGAUUCGCGCAUAGAUGUCACCUCCCUCCAGACGAGCUACCCGGAUCUGGCUGAGAAGUUUAUCAGUAUCCGGGAACGGCUCCAAGAGUCAGCGACUCCAAGGAUCGAUCCAAAAACAAGGCAUGAUUUCAAGAACCAUGAAGAAGCGCGGUCGGUCCAGCGCCACAAACUCGGUGAAGAUCUUGAUCGGUUAGUCGAUGAAAUUCGAACUAGGCCGGGAUUCGAAACUUUUCUUGCAGCACCGACAGUGCCAGAAAUGCAAGCGGCUGCUGUCGAUGGUGCCAUUGUCGUGCUCAAUGUGAGCAAUUACCGCUCCGAUGCAAUUGUCGUUCAGAAGGAUCGAGUUCAUGCUGUAGCACUGCCGAUGCUGAGCAAGGAGGAAGUGGUGGAGAGAGCCAGGGGUGGCACGACAGCAUUAGCCAGCACCGAGACACUCGAGUGGCUAUGGGAAACUAUUGCAUCGCCGAUUCUUGACUGCCUUGGUUUUACUCACGCGCUCGGGCAAGAUGAAUCGCAAUGGCCUCGCAUCUGGUGGGUUGCAACCGGCAUAAUGAGCAGUUUCCCAAUCCAUGCCGCCGGCUGGCAUGCAGCAUCGCCAGAUCUCGGACACACGGUACUGGAUAGAGUCGUUUCCUCGUAUAGCUCGUCGAUCAAGGCGAUUAUUUAUUCCCAAAGACGUCCAGCUUUCGAUUACGAGAAAUUGAGGGACCAGUCUCAAGCGCUUCUUGUCGCCGUGCCCCAGGCUCCGGGAUGUUCAAGCCUUCCUUCUGCAGCAAAGGAGCAUCUAGUGCUACAGAAAUUGUUCAAUACAAUUAGCUGGAAAGUCCACGCAGCAGAGAAUACCAAGAACGGGGUUAUGUCUCGCCUCCGCUCAUCGCAGGUCUUUCAUUUUGCUGGUCACGGCACUGUCGAUCCACUUAACCCCUCGAGAAGUUUCUUGUUCCUGGAGGAUUGGAAGAAAGACCCAUUCACCGUAGCGGAACUAUUGGAGCUCAACCUUCAACAGGGUAUGCCGUUCCUCGCCUACCUCUCUGCUUGCCGAACUGGCCAAAUACGAGAUGAAGAAUCCCUUGACGAGAGCGUUCAUUUGAUCAGUGCGUUCCAGCUGGCGGGUUUUCGGCACGUCAUUGGCACGCUCUGGGAGGUAAACGACGAUAUAUGCGUGGACAUGGCAAAUUACGCCUACCAGGCCAUGUGGAAUGGGCGGUUCACGGAUAGGUCCGUCUGCUUAGGGUUGCAUACAGCGAUGAGAAAGCUUCGGGACGAAUGGCGAAGCCGCUUGGCAUCAUCAGGUCAAAGAAGGGGGAUUAGGGCGAAGAGCAAGUUUGUCCACAGUGCUGGAUCACAGAUGAACCGUAGCCAGAGUAGUAAGGAGGGCAGGGAUAUGGUGAGCUGUGAUGAAGAGGAGAAGCUCUUUUGGGUGCCUUUCGUCCAUUUCGGGGUAUAG